AAAAGCAGCGCGGCAGAAACGUAGAAGAAGAGUGGGUUGUUUUCACCCCCUCUGCUCCUCGCACGCCGUCCCGUUGUCAUCUCUACAAUAAUCUGUCACUAUUUCUGAAGAACAGCGAGAGAACGUCCCUUCAUGUGUUUGUAGCAGUGACGACGAUGGCCGGGAGGGGCAGCCUGGUGCCCUGUGUUUGUCUGGGGCUGUUCGGUGUCCUGUGCUGGGUGUGGGUCUCCUUCGCCUCGUUUCCAGACGACCAACAUGCCCUGGGGGACCCGGACGCAGUGGACCGAGGAGCCUUUCAGCCCCAGAGUGCUCUGUCGGAGAUGGAGUUCGCCUCCAUCAGUACGUACAGAGGACCUGGCAACGCCGACCGCCGCAGCAACAAGGAGCUGCCCAUUAUCCUCUGGUGGAGCGGGGGACUGUUCCCACAUUUUCCGGGUGACAGUGAACGCAUCGACUGUGCCACGUCCUCCUGCCUGGUCACUAGUAACCGCAAGGUCCAGCUGUACAAGCGGACAGCAUCCAUCAUCUUUUACGGAACAGACUUCAGGGCCUACGAGGCACCGCUGCCCCGUCUCCGCCACCAGACCUGGGCACUGUUCCACGAAGAGUCGCCCAUGAACAACUAUGUUCUCUCUCAUGCACCGGGAAUCAGGCUGUUCAACUACACCGCCACGUUUCGCUGGGAGUCCGACUAUCCCCUGACCCUGCAGUGGCUGCCCUCGCUCGACUACCUGCUGGCGCCUGUGGCCGUGUCCCUGCAGGAGAAGAACCGCCUGAGGAGGGAGGGCCUGGCUCCUGUGCUGUACAUGCAGUCUCACUGCGACGUGCCGUCAGACAGAGACAGAUACGUCAAGGAGCUCAUGAAGUACAUCGAGGUGGACUCUUACGGGAAAUGCCUGAACAACAAGCCUCUACCAGAACAUCUGGAGGACACGGCCACUGCUACCGGUGAGGAAUCCAGAUUCAUGAAUUUUGUAGCACGCUACAAGUUCCACCUGGCACUGGAGAAUGGCCUUUGUCCAGAUUACAUGACGGAGAAGCUGUGGCGGCCUCUCCAUCAGGGCUGUGUGCCUGUCUAUCGGGGCUCCUCCGUGGUGGCAGACUGGAUGCCCAACGACCACUCUGCAGUCAUCGUCGAUAACUUCCCCUCGCCAAAAGCUCUUGCUGACUUCCUCAAACGUCUUGAUGAGAAGGAUGACGAAUAUGCAAAAUAUCUAGAGUUUAAAACCCCCAGCCGUGUAACCAACAUCCACUUGCUAGAGGCUCUAGAGACUCGCGAGUGGGGGGUUAAUGAUAUGAGUAAACCCAACUACCUGAAUGGAUUUGAAUGUUACGUGUGCGACCGGGAGAACGCGCGACUGGCAGCAGAGCGAGGAUACAGGAGAGCACCCAAGAAGAGCCAACCUCCUCAGCCUAAAAUGGCUGAUAACAAUCACAUGGGAUGCCCCCUGCCCAGCCCUGGGUACGGAGACGUCAAAGACUUACCUGCAGACGAUGCAUGGUUGCAAAUAUGGCCUCAGGAUUACUGGCAGAGCCUGGACCAAGCAGAGGGACUGGAGUCUCUGAUAAGACAUAAUGAGUCGGACCCUUCGCUGCUGUGGAAGCACAUCCAAAACAUAGCUGUGAGCAGAGCCAGAGGAAAACACUGACAGAGGCCCUGGUUACAGGGGCGGGGUCCAAUAUUUUGCAGGAAUUACUCAUUGUUCUGCGUAAGAGCCAAAACUCUUUUACUCUUCGGAGCAGUUUGGUGAAACUGUAACGAUUUAGAUAUUGUGUUCGGCUAACUUUUGUCCUUUACCCCAAGUUCGGUAAUGGGAAGAUUAUGUUUCAAAUUUAGAGAACUAUAUGCUAUAAGUAUUCCUAUAACUGAGGUGCCAUCUCUGCCCGUUCUCUGCCCUGCAUUGCUAAUGCUGUUCUGGAGAUGCACAGUCUCAUGGGAGGCACAUUUUCUUUGGGUUGGGGCAGAGCCAGAGACUUGUCCUCUGUACCAAGGGAGCUCUGCCUAACUGUGUGUGAAGACCAUCAAGACUUUAGACAAUGUACUACAUUCGCUUCUUUACAGUUACUCAGCACGUGGCUGAUGGUUACUAUCUAAAGUCACAUUUAUGUACACUGCUAUUUUAAGUGACUAUGCAGAGGAAAUAUUGUUUCGCUGAGGAGCGGAGCAGGGCAAAUGGAAAGUUAAGCACAUCUCCCAGUGGGAAACCGCCACUGCGUAAUGAAGGGAGUCCUCAGGAACAGCUAAUGAAUUUCUGUCGUGGAAACUUUAUACUGAACUACAAACUGUAUUUUCGUAACAUGAUGCUAAGACCAUCUUUAUGUGCAAUCAUUUUUAAGAUAACGCUUUUUUCUAAAACAUGUAACUGCUAGGGACUGCACAGCAGCCUCCUCGGACACUAACUUUGUAUCACGUUUUUUUUUACCAGCAUCAUAUAAAUCAUUUUAUUUUGUUAACAAAGCAUCAUACAUGUGAACACACUAUUUUGUAUCGAGAAGGAAGUAAACAUUUUGUAAAAAAGUCAUUUUCUUGUAUAAACUACUCAUCUGCUAAAUCAUGAUAUUGCACCCCACUUGCCAGAAUUAGUCUGUUCACAGUUAGCACAUCAUGUUGUACAGACAUUAUCCUUCAUAGUCUACUGAGGCAGAUACAGCUUUCACCACCAGCGAAGAAAACAAAACAACAACACAAGCUUGUUUAACAUGUUUAAGAAAAUUACAAAUUGAACCUAGCGUAAGCGUCAACAUAACAAAAUCAUGCUGUUCACUACAAUGGUAUCUUCACCACCCUAAACCGCAGCAAAGUUCCCACUGAACACAUCCAAACUUUGCGAAAGACCAGUUCUCACUUUAUAUGCAAAUGAACAUGAAGGGAAGGGACGGGGAUAAGAGGCCGCUGAAGAGCUUUAAUAAUCAGUCGGAGGCGUUGGAGUA